AUGGAAGCAACACCCGACACAACUACACCAUCCACGAAUGAGACAAGCCUUGGCCUGGAUGACCAAGAAUCAACACCACCACCUGUAGUUGUCGCAAAGAAACAAGGCUGUCCACAGAAGCAAUCUGCAACAAGUACUGCCACGGAAACAGCUGUCGAGACGCACUCCGAACUGAAGAAACCACCUGGAAUAACUUACUACCUUACAAUGUUCUCUGAUGCUCAGAUGCAAAAGCCUCAAAAACAGCGAAAAUCAGUCAACACAUUCAUGGUCCAGUCCUCCGACAUCAAGUAUGAUACCUUGAAAGCCCAGAUUCUAGCGAAGAUCUCCGAGAACUUGAAACCAAAAAUCACUGCCUUCAAAAAUUACACCAUUGCAUGGACUAUACCCCAAACACAAGCAUCUUCAAUUCCCCUCUCUUCCGCUGCUGAUUACCAAUUUCUCCUUAGGCUUGCUGUCAAACAAAAGACUCUGUUGGUAAAUUUUGUCAUUGAGACUCACUUGAUGAAAAAUAAGGUACAUGGAAGGCUAGUAAGAAAUCAAAGAAGGCAAAUGAGGAUACAGGAGAAUGACCAUGAGGAUGCAAGCCAGGAUGGUGGCAGCAAAAACAGUGAAAGUGAGGAUGAAGAUGACCGGCCAAAGAAGAAGGCAAAGUCAGGGAAGAAGUCCAAGUCCAUCAUCGAGACUCCACUGAAUCUGAAGAUCAAUGCGAAGAUUCGGCUCCUUCAGAACCGCUGGAUGUGUUCAAAAGCCAGUUGUUCCUCCAAUCAUUGUUUUAUUCACCCAGAGCACUCUGAGCAUUUUUCCCCUGGUCAUGAACAUUUCUCCAUCUGGGCUGCUGCUUGGAAUAAAGACAAGAAACUUGCAGACUUAGAGACUUCCCCGAACCACCACAAAUUCAACACAGCUCCAGGUCGUAAAACUGCCAAUAUUUCACCUCUCCUACAGCAUCGACUUGCUGACCAUAAUCAACCAACCAACAAUGCCGGUCCUGUCAUCAACUUCAACAUACCUCCAGAAUUACUUGCUGUUUUUCACCCUGCUCCUGCCCAGCCUGUCAUCGAGCAUGGAAUACCACCUGCUGCACACGAUCCACAAUCUCUUGUCCAAUCUGGUUGGCAACAUGGCCCAACCUUACUCUCAAUGGUUCUGCAAUGCUGUAUGGGCUUAAAACUCAAGGAGAUGGGCUUCAAAUAUGGCGAGAUUGCAGCACGAAGCAGCCCAUGA